CUGUUGCGUUCUCACACAUUCUCUCACUCAUUUGAUUCUUUGAGCUUUAAUCUCUCACUGUUGAAAUGUAUAUUUUGUUAUACGUUAGAGAUAUCCAUUGUGUUUGUAUUUUAGGUGUGUAAAUUCAACUGUGCAAAUAGAACUCUCUCCACAGAUGUAAAGAAUCUUUUACGGUUAGUUCUAGUCAAGAUCUUUAAUGGGGAACAGCUCUGCCUUUAAAUGCAUCAUUCAGCAUUUUUGGUCAUUUUACUGGAAAUAAUUGCUCGGAUUAAUGGAACAAUGAUAUAUCCGGAGCUGGCGCCGACUCCAGUCACAUUCCUUUGCGCAAUUGGAAUACCCGUCGAGGAUCUCGCCUUUGAAACUGUCAUCUCUGGUUAUGCACUGAGAAUGCAGUAUUUUCUGCCCAAUAACGCGUCGCAGUUAACCCGCAUUUAUCUAAAGCCGCAGCCUCUGACGGACAGAAGAUACAUUAAUAAAUCCAACUUGGGCUCCAUGUAUCGCUGGAUCAUCUAUCGCGCCAUUGAAAUGGUGCUUCAGAACUUGGGUUUACCAGGACAUAGCUGUUUACUGAGGGCAAUCUGCGAUCAUGCAGCAUUACCUUUAACUUACGAAAGUGGUUUACUUGGAGAAAUCCUCCACAUUAUUUUGACACCUUCCAGCUCAAGGGAUCAGCUAGGAGCGCCCAAAGAUCGCGUCUAUCAAACAGCAGAACACUUUGGAAGACGAGGAGGCAACUGCGAGUUGGCCUAUGCCAAUAGAUGUCCCAGAUCUCCAAUUGACUUGAUAAGCAUAUUACUGAAAUUAAAUUAAA